AUGAACGGAGAAGAGGAUUUUCAUGUGGAAAAUACCGACAAAACAGAGAGAUCUCACAAUGAUAUCUGUGUCUUGCUAUUUCACAGCAAUGCAACAGCUCUUAUGAAUAUGUCAGAGACGCUGCGCAAACAUGGAUAUCGAGUUGUGGCUACUAGAAGAGCUGAUGAAUUGCCGCUAAUUAUCAAUAAUGAGAAGAUUGAUCUUGUCCUAGCAGAGUUCCGCUUGAUUGAGAUGAACAAGUACGAGCUUCUUGAAAAAGUUAAGUCGCUUUGUGAGAUUCCAAUUGUUGUUGCAGGUAAAUAUGUGAAAGAUGCCCCCAUUUUUUACUGUCUGUACAGAGGUGCUAGUUUUCAUCUGAAGAAGCCGUUCAUGGACAAUUUCUUAGAAAACCUGUGGCAGUUUAAAGUCUGGGCACAGGAAGAGUUUCUUUGUCGAAUUGAAUCCGACCCACUUGAGGAAAAGUGUUCAAUCACCCACACUCAACCUCUUGGAUUUGAGCUUAAGGGAGAUAAUCAGAACAACGAAGUUAAAACAGAAGAUCUUGAUGAGUACGAAGGUGAUAAUUUUCUGUCAGGAGACCAGAAGAAACCAGAACUGAUAGGUCUGGAAAUGCAGAACGAAUUCAGACAAACAGAUGAUGAACACAGCAAAGGUAACAAAAGAAAGGAAAGAGCAGAUACAUAUACUGGAGAACAUGCAGAGAAGGAUUACAGCUCUCAUUUAGGAGACCAAAAGAAGCCAAAACUCGUUUUUGCAGAUAACAUGCAAAUCAAAACUUUAGAAGCUAUCCCAAAUAUAGAAGAAGCCAACAAUGGAAGAGUGGAACCAACAGAAACAAAGAAGAAUGGAGAAGGUGGUGAGAAAGAGAAGCCAGAACUGGUUUGUAUGGAGGAAUUAGAAAAGUGGUCCACACAACCUGUUACCGAUUUUGCUGCUUAUGUGGCUUAUGAAUUCGAAGAGCUAGAUUUUCAGCCUUUGGAGAGCGUUGGGGAGUCUGUGGGUCAUGGUGAGGUUCCAUUGAGUCCGAGGGAGUCCUCAAACAAGGAAGCUGUUGGUCGGCUACAAAUGCAGAAUCCACAGAGAGUUUUGGAUGAAGAAUUGAUGCAAGACGGGAUCAGCCUCUCUGACCUCGACUUUGAUCUGCAGGAAGGACAGGGUUCUACUUCUGAUUUGGAGCUUCUCGACGAGAUCUACACUGAUCUCGCCAAAGAGCUUAAACCUUGA